GUGUAACAGCGUGAGAGAGGAAGGAAAAAUGGAGGAUUGCUUCUGUUCAUCCCCUUCUUCGGAGAGCUGGGGAGAGACGGUUUCGGAGAAGGUAUUCUCGCUCUACAACUCUCUCCCAAAGAAAGGCAAGCCUCAGGGUCAUGAAGUCACUGUAUUGGCUGCAUUUCUCGUUUCAUCUCCUUCCGCACAAGAUUUGGAAGUUGUGGCGUUAGGGACGGGGACUAAGUGUCUCGGUCGCUCGCAGUUAAGCUCAAAUGGUGACGUUGUGAAUGAUUCACACGCCGAAAUAAUUGCUCGGAGAGCUUUAAUGAGGUUCUUCUACACACAGAUUCAACAUUUGUCCCAGAACAACUGUGAGAGUGAACAUCACAAAACGAAGAAGAUGAGGUGUGACAAUGUAAUAAAUUUUUUGUUUCAAUUAGAUGAGGAGGCUGGUGCUGAACGAAAAUAUGUCAUGAGAAAGGGCUGGAAAUUGCAUUUAUACAUAUCUCAGUUACCAUGUGGAGAUGCUUCAUCUUCAACUCCCAGAGACGUCCAACCUAGAACAGAGGAUACGCCACCAUGUUUGAUUGAUGAAGGGGAUGAUUCACAGUGCAUAGGUUUGGUUCAGAGGAAGCCUGGUCGUGGUGAUACAACAUUGUCAGUUAGCUGUUCUGACAAGAUAGCUCGAUGGAAUGUAGCUGGAGUUCAAGGAGCUCUUCUCUCGUACUUUCUUCAGCCUGUUUAUCUUUCCUCUAUAACAGUUGGAUUGUCCCCUCAUAGUGCCAAAAAUUGUACACUGAAGGAACAAGUGAAAAGAGCAAUAUGUGAUCGAGUACAGCCAUUUUCGAAUGAGCUAACGACUCCCUUAGAGGUGAACCAGCCAUUGUUUUGCACAGCUCCAAUACCACCAAAGGAGUUCCAACACUCGGAGUCUGCUUUAAACACGAUAACUUGCGGGUACUCUAUUUGUUGGAACAAGUCUGGCUUGCAUGAGGUCGUCCUUGGAACUAUUGGAAGAAAGCAAGGAGCCUCUGCUAAAGGGGCACAGUAUCCAUCAACUGAGUCAUCUUUAUGCAAGAAGCGGUUACUGGAAAUGUUCUGGUCGCUUAAAAGUGUAUGCCCUACUAAAUUUCUUGCCAGCAACAUCUCUUAUAGAACGCUGAAGGAUGGAUCUCAAGAUUACUAUUUAACAUCUAAAGUUUUCAAGGAACAAUCAGCGUUUAAGAACUGGAUAUCAAAACCUAUCAACUACGAGGCGUUCUCAUUUGGAUGUGGGUGAGGUACGUGUUUGUUAGCCAUCCAUUUUUAAUGCUAACUGAAAGAUAAGAGGUGAAUAUGAAUGUUUCUGGAUGAUCUGCCUCUAUGUUUGUACAAUCUUUCUUGGUCUAUGCCAGUGAAAUAGUUAGCUUUUGGCUUUCUGUAUUUUCAACCUCUCAAGGCUCCAAAAGAUGUUUUAACAACAGAUCACUCUAUAAAAGCACGAGUAAAGAUCAUUAUAGCAA